AUGAAAGGAAUAAUGAAUGGUUCCCUUUAUUUAAGGAAAAUUUCCCUGUGUUCUAUUUUCGUAUUGGCAUAUCUCAGUUCUGCUAAGUGCGCGUACCGAGACGAAUCUGACAUAUUGUACAGCGACGACUCCAGAUCCGAUUUAGCAAGCAACGGGGCACCCACCGACAGCUACGAAUCUUUAACAGCAAGUAGUGAGUCUCUAGCAGAAAGCAACGAUGCACCCAGCAACAGCUAUGAAUCUUUUCCAGAAAUUAGAGAAAAUCUAACCGCAAGUGAGGAAUCCCUAACAUCAUGUGAGGAAUCCCUAACAGGAAGUAAUGAAUCCCUAACAGGAAGUAAUGAAUCCCUAACAGGAAGUAAUGAAUCCCUAACAGGAAGUAAUGAAUCCCUAACAGGAAGUAAUGAAUCCCUAACAGAAAGUAGAGAAUCUCUAGAGGCCAGUAGAGAAUCGCUAAGAGCAAGUAGAGAGUCUCUAGCGGCCAGUAGAGAAUCCCUGAACGACUUUUGUGGGAGCGAAGAAUCAGUAGCAUUCGAAGGAGAGCCAAAUGAAAAGACAUUCAUGGGAGACGUCUUAAGUGGUGGAGAAUGUGAGAAUAGUCUCUCAAGAGAAGAUUUAUUUCAUAUAGAAGUAGGAUCCGAAGAAUCGCUAGAUGAUGCCUCAAAAUAUAAUUUCCAAAAGGAUUUAUCAACUAGCGAUAAUAGUUCAUUCGAAGAUGAUCAGUCAUUGAAAAGGGGACUCAAAAGGAACAGCUCAGUAUCUAGUCUGGACAGCGAUAUGGGAAGUUAUAAAAAUAAAAGUUAUAGACACAGAUUGGAUAUAUAUUCGGACCUACCUAGAAGGCCAAUACAUGGGGAUAAUGCACCACAAGAAAAGGAGAAAUGUCUGGAUUUCAAAGAACUUCUAGAGAGAGAAAGGAACAACCACCAAAGGAAUAGUGUAAAUAUAAAAUUAAAAAAUAUAUACGGAGAAGAACAAUUGUAUAAUGUGAAGAAAGAUAGCUUUAUUGUAAAAUUGAUAUACUAUUUGCCGUUUGGCCCAAUUGUUACAAUGAUAAUGAUAGGCUUUAUUCUACUCUGGUCAACGCCCUGGACUGGUUUUAUUUUUAUAGGGUGUAGCUCUAUUAUAUUACCAGCUUUGUUAUACGCGAUGCAUUCAAACAAAAAACAAUUCGAACGUGUAUUUGGAAAAGGGAGAAAAAAGCCAAUGAAGGUAAAAAAAGGAGGCGGGAAAAUAUCUAGAUUUUUUAAAGAAGUAGACAAAUUCUUGUUUGACGAUUUGGAUGGUUAUUAA